UCUGUCUUAAAAGCAAACUAUGACAACGCCUCUCGAUCAAGAGAACUAAAUGUGCAGAAUGUCCAGCAGGCAGGCGGAUCUCGGAUGCUUAAUGUGACAUGGAACAACGACACAGUAAGUCGGUUUCCCUUCGUUUUCCUCCGCGACAACUGCCAAUGUUCCGAGUGUUUCCACGAAUCUUCACUCCAGCGAACGUACGACACGUUUAACAAGCUAGACAUGGACAUUCAACCCCAGAGAGUCGAGGUUUUACAAAAUGGUGAAGAAAUCUCCAUCACUUGGCCAGACAAACAUGUUAGUCUCUUUAGCUCGCAGUGGCUUCGUUCCAGACAAGCUACCGAACAGGCAAAUACGACGAUGGAGCGAUCGUCCCUUCAGAGAGAGGGAGUAAGAGUUUGGAACAACAAUAAACUCCAGGGCAAGAUCCCAAGCUACCGUUUUCAAGAAGUCAUUGAAGACGACUUUAGAUUGUACGAAUGGUUGCACUCGCUUCAUAGUGUAGGAAUUGCGCUAUUGAAAGAUACACCGCGACAACCAGGCGAAUGCAAUCAACUAUGCGCAAGAGUGGGGUAUACAAAAACGACAAACUUUGGGUAUGUAAAUUAUUUUUUCGUUAACCAAUGACUUUACCUAAGUAUGCGAAUCAAACCCGGUGAACGAUUUAGUUGCAUUUGCAGGGCACUUGAAACCAUUGGACUGAGGCAAAAUUAAUUUUAAAAUGUUGUCAAUUUCAUUAAAUGGUAUUUACAGUAUUGAUAACACAAAUGAUUUAAAACCAGUGCUUUACGAAAUUUGCUAGUUUGUGCCUCAAGAGUUAACGAAAGCUAACUUGAAGUUGACAUCUUACAAUGAAAAGACAAUUUGGCCUACAAGAAAAAUGACCCUUUAAAAAAAUUAAAAUCACAGUUGCAUUGAAAUAGUUAAUAAUUUAUCGAUUUCUUUUCCACAAAAUGGACAUCAAGUGUAAAGACGGAAAAUCGAGAUCGAAACUGGACAUGUCAUUGGUUUAUUUGCCGAGCGGGGGAAACCUUCCAACUUUGCACUCACACCAUGGGAAUUUACUUUCAGAAACGCCGGUUUUUCAUGGAGUGACCAUAACAAUUUACAGUUUUCCCUUAGGUAAUCGGUUACAUCUAAAAACCAGAGUUAAGGAACAUUUACGAUUCAGGUAUUUUGGUCAAUCAAACACGGCAAUACUGACCGACUUAAGCAAGAGAAGAUUGACAAAAAUGAAUAAAUUACAUACAACAAAGCUGCUUGAAAUUUAUAAGCGAUACCCACAUCAGUAAAACAUACAUUUACUGUUGUUUCUUUCCAAUUUUUCGACCAGUGAUAUAACACAAUUGGCACUCUCAUUUGACUGACGGACACAAAAACUACAAUUUAAAGGGGGGCUGGCUACAAUAUUUCUACCAGUUCCAAUACCUAGAAGGUUCUCCAAACUACACUUUUAUUGAUAGAAAUUCGGCCUCUUGUUUAUUAUUUUGUUUGCCAGUUUUGCUUUGCUUUGAACAAGGCGUUAAAGAUUAAAUUUCAGUUUCUGUCGAUAAACAUAUUUACGAUGAUCUGUUUUGAAGGCUUUUAUAAUGUUUAGAUUUAUAAGGGCGAUUUGAAAAAAAAAAAACAAAACAAACCUAACACAACAAAACUCUGCAUCCCUUUUGGAUACAAUGAGGAGGAAAUAUUUACCACUUAUCCUCUGUGGACCCCGAGGGAUGAGAGCGGAAAUAUCUAAUGGUAUAGCUACGUGCAAAAGGACGCAACAACUCCCAGUAUUGUUGGCGUAGCUAAAAGUUUGACCGGUUUUAAACUUUACGUCCGUUUGCAUGGGGCUUAACAUUUAAUCAUGACACGAAUCAUAUCUUGAAUCUAUUCUUUUGGUUCAUUUUGGAAGGGAAAAAUGGAAAAUAUACUUUAAUUUUCUUCCCCUCUUUUUCUUUCCUUUUCUUUUUUUUUACAAGUGUUCAAGGCUUUUUUUUUCAAAUUCAAACUACACUGUUCAUCAGUGGGUGCCAGUUACUGAUAAGCUUGACCACUAAACAGGUGUGGUAAAAAAAAAACAUUCGACUUGCGAUAGAAAAGGUCUGAUAUCAUCUUCACAGCUGGCCUAGGUAAUACUUUCUUUAUUUCCUGUUUAAGGAGUCAUAUCACAUUUGAAAAUUACUAAAGAUUAUGAAACAUUUUUAGGACUGUCGGAGCACUGUUUAUGCAAGAGACCUCCGGAUCUGUUUUGAAUCAAAAUACAGGAGAAAGUAUGAGCCAAAAGGAUUGCAGUGUGAACUCUAAGCUCCAUAGAAAAGCCUACUAAACAUUGUGACUCAACGAGCAGUACUUGUUUUGGAUUAGGAUUUUUCAAAUUUACAAUCUGUAGCUGCCAUUGUAGGAUGCUAGAUGGAAAUGAAAUAGAGGUAAACAAACGGUUAUCCACGACUCCCUUACAUACUCUUUUGCUGAUAAUACCUUUUUUCGUUGUAAGAGCGACUUUGAACGCAAUAAAAAAAGAAUUUAUAAUGUCAAGACAACUAAGGGCAAACAUGGGUGGAGAUUGUUUUUGCAUUCAAUAAAAACGGAGCUAUGUCCAAACAAGUGAGGAACAACGGCGCGUGACGUCACGAAACUCUGUCUACAUAUUUUUCUUGAUAAAAUUGUUUUUUAUGUGGAAAGAACAAACUGACCACGAUUUAGGAAUGCUGUUAUCACAGCUGUGAGACCACCUGAUUUUAUUCAAUUACCUGCCAGCGAGCAAGCUGUCAGGGGGAGGUGGGCGGGAAGACGGAGUCGGUGGAAACCUUCCCUCUACAAUCCCACCUCCGAGGGUCUUCUAGCAGGCUACCUAAUUACAGUCGAUUCUCUCUUAACGGUCACCCUUGUCAGUAUAUGAUAUUACGGGAAGAUGUCAAAGAUUAUACUAAGAAAUACUGCUGAAUUUCACUUGCAGUGAGUGCUUCGAAGUGCACACAAAGUUAAAUGCCAACAAUCUGGCGUAUACCUCACUAUUCCUACCGCCACACACUGACAUGCCUUACCAUGAUUACGUACCAGGGGUAAGUUAAAGAUACAAAGGAAAAUACUUAAGCUACAGUGUACGAUAAAACGCGCAACAAAGAAAACGUGCAACUUGUUUUGCAACAUUGCUGCCAAACGAUUUGAAAAGUGAUGUUGCGCGUUUUAUCACCUAACUUCAAACCUGUCUUGCAACAAAUCAGGCGGUUGCAAGUUGCGUGAGUACUGACAUCUAAUUGUAUAAAACGGACCUCAAGUAAGGGUGGACGGUAAGGUGGAGGACGGCAACUGGAAAUAAAAGUUGCCCGAUUUGGGGCUAAUUUGCAUAUAUCUCGGCCGUCCAGCCUACGUCGACUGCACGUCGCGACGGUGAGAAAGCUUAGUGCGGCGGUGUCUCGAGAACGUGAGUUUUCUUUUCCUGUUUUUGUCUUCAAAAUAUCUUUAUUUUGACAGAAUAUCGGUUUAAUCUGUUCCUGUAAUGUCUAGUUUACUUCAAAUGGUAACCCUUUCUCAAUUACUUAAUGUAACACUAUUUUAUGAUGGAAUAUAGCACACUGAACUUGUCCAAAUGCAGGAUUAGAAAUCCCAGCGAUAAAAUUAUCACAUCUAAUAUUCUCGCAUCAUGUGAACAUCGGCUUCCACCCUUUUCUUCAUUCACGAAUUAUUAAGUUCAUUUUUUCUGCUUAAGUUAUAGGCCAAAAUAAAAUUACGUGUUCAUAGGUUCAUUAUUCGACAAAAUAAACCUCUUGAUAAAGCAGGAUGAAGGAACUCGAAGCUUGUUUAUCGCGCGCAUUGUUCAUCGUGUUAAUUAUUUGUUCUUAUUUUAAGAAUAUGGAGUGGACUUAAGUUCACGAUAUUCAGCUUGCUAAAGAAAUUCUUGCAAGUGAAUCCCAUCGCUUCAAGCCCAGAACUGUGUAAGCUCGAUUACCAGUUGUUAGCAUAAGAACUGUGGAGCGUGGGAAAAUGUGGCAAUACGUAGAUCGCAAAUAGGCCCAAUGAAGCGACGAACAUUCUCUUUCGAGUAACAAAGCGCUCAACUAGAUUUCAUUGUACAAGAGAACGAAUUCCUCAUCUGAUAUGACACCAUCAUGUAAAAGUAGACCAAAAUCACUCGGAUCUUUCAGGGAACUCAUUCUCUCGAACCUUCCGAAAGUUAGAAAAACGUCUUCGACCGUCAAGUCCACUGAAACUUAAAGUUUGUUUCUCUCGCCAAGUGAACGUCGUCCCUCCCCAAGCCGCCGCGGCCAAAGUCACCGUUCUCUAUGUUGCAGUCCACCUAAACUUAAGGUCGGUAAAAUUAGACGGGAGCCACGCCAUACACGGAAGUUACGUUACUUGUUGCAAAAAGGCAAGUAAACAUGUACAGAGUUUGCUGCAAAACGUGAAAACUACUCUGUACUUUCUGCAUCAACCUCGUUCCCAGGUUCUCUCUCUGAGAGAACCCUGGGAACGAGGUUGGUUGCAAGACAGUUUUGAGGUGGGUGGUAAAACGCGCAACCUCGCUAUUCAACUCGUUUUGCAGCAAUGUUGCAAAACAAGUUGCAACAAGUUUUAUUCUAUAUUUUCUGGAGUACAUUCCUAGGCAAAAAGGAAAACAACAACAACAAAAACAAAAGAAAGGAACAAAAAAUAAAGAAAGGCAAGAAAAGAAAAAUAUCAACAGCUUUCUUGUUGUUUGCCUUGGAGACGCUUAGCUCUUCCUUUGAUACGUUACGAACAGACAUUCGCCACUACAGAAACGAGAAUGAAAAAUUUCGCAAAGACUUCUGGGACUGUAACCAGGGACAGGAGAAAAAAAACUGGCCAAUAGCUGCCUGACGCGUCCCAAGUAACGAUCCCAGAAUCAAUUGCGGUACACAUUUUGGCUCCAUUUUGGUUUCUAAAGUGGCAAAUGCCAUGCUUUGUUUAGGUUCAACUUCUCCAUUGUAUUGAGCAAGUGUUGAGUGAAGGAGGUGGCAAUCAGUUUGUAGAUGGAUUCUAUGUAGCAGAGGAGCUGAAGGAAAAAGAUCCGGAAGCGUUUAAGCUCUUGUCAACCACGCGCAUUCCGUUCACUGCUAAAGGGAUCGACAUCUUUGGCGAAUUUCACACCAAAUUCGCAAGGCACAUAAUAGAGUGAGUGUUUCAAAAAUCCUACAACUUUUUGACAAUAAGUAAAAACAGACUUGUCUUACAAUACCUGUGCCAGCACAGAAUUAUUCAAAGGCGACGUCCAGAAGGGAAAAAAAAGAUCUCGUUUUCGGGCUUUGUAACAGCAAACUAGUCAUUGUGUGUCUACACUCUGCCAACAACAAUACAUAUACCGUAAAUCCUCUAUUAAGCCCCCCUUCUCAAAUAAGUCCCUCUCUAAUGGGCCCACCCUUUUCAGGGAAGAAAGUUAAUACCCCCCCCGCCCCAUCUCUUUUAAGCCCCCGUCCCCUCCCCCUUAUUAUUAUUAUUCACUAAUAAAUGAUAGAAUGUAUUAAUCAAUCACGACUGUAAAACCUCAUGUGGACUGAUCUAGGAUGGUUUAUUCACUAGCUGGAAGUUCGGAGUUGUUUUCGAUCCUCGGCUGCAUGACUUCCAACGUAUUGUACUUGAACUUUUCCACUUUGCAUUCUAGUUCUUUAUGGAGAACUGAUACCAUAGUCUUUGUUAAAUUAAAUAAACCCCUCUCUCAAAUAAGCCCCCCUCCCCCCUGAAAUGUGUUUGAAAUAAUUAAGCCCCGGAGGGGCUUUAUAGAGGAUUUAGGUAGACGUGCCGUCUUGUUACAAGAAUACGUCCACACCGGCGGUGGACGGCCUGUAGGUUCCAUUUAGGAUUUCGAAACUUUAAACGACGAAGAAAGGCCUAAAAGACAUUUAAGACAGCUACCAAAAAAAGGAGGCAAAGAGUUUAAUGAAUGCAUGUUUAGGGCCAUUGUUUUGAUCCUGUGUUAAUAUUCUUCUCGUAGGUUGGACGAGAAUGAAAACAUCGUCCGAUUCUCUUGCAACAAUCCGACGCGUGAUUCCGGGCUGCAUGUUUCUCCAGAAAAAACUAUUCAACUGUAUGAAGCCUACCUGACAAUUGGCAAGAUGAUAGCAGAUCCAGCCAAUCAAAUUGAGCAUAAAAUGUCACCCGGCGAAGUUGUAACGUUCAACAACAGCCGCGUGCUACAUGGUAGAUCCUCUUUCAUCAUCAACAAGCAAACAAAGCGUUACUUGCAAGGGUUUUACCUCGACUGGGAUGUUAUCUAUUCUCGACUAAGAGUUCUGGCUAAGCAGUUUAAUAUUCCAUUUCGAAUCUAA